AUGUUCGUGGCACGUGGUUACCUGUUGAUCUCGGCUCUUGUUGUCGCUGUGAUCGCCGCACCAAGCGGACAGACAAAAUCGCAAGUUCCAAGAUGGCAUUUACCGUGUGGAUCGACUGUAGAAACGGAGACUUCUGCGAUCGUAAACUUCAACGAUGAAGUCAGAGACAGCAUCGAAAGGCUCAGUCUUCUGCAUCAAUUAACCAUGACCGAUUACUUGAACCGAGACUACGAGUUCCUCUACGAAAGAGUACGAAUUGGUGUACACGAUCAUCAGUACAUACCGAAUUGGGUUCCUGGCAAAAAGGAUGUGAAUCUGGUCAAAGGAAUGAUCAACGCAGAACCGCAGACGGUGAGUGUUUACUGUAUCGCUAACUACCUCCCGAAGUUGCACAUGGAUCUUCAAAAAUUCGCGGUCGCCUUCGAGGAACUGAUGGAAGACGAAACGAGUCCAACGAUUUUCGAAGCUCUCAGAGCAACGCAAACCUAUCUGAUGGAAAUGCUGUGCGAAGUAGAGAACAUUAUUAUGGAUCUACCACCUAUUCGGCUGCCGAAGAGAGUAUCGAGGAGUAUCAUGAGCAGAACAGAAAGGAAUCCACUAGACGAUACUAGGAGAUUAAUUAGAGAUUGGGGCGUGCUUAUGAAGUACAGGGAUUAUCUUCAUGCCUGGAAGCACGUUUUCAAUUAUUAA